UUCGUUUCUCACCCGAGAAGCAAAGCAGCAGCAAACAGAUCUGUGAGGUUCUGAAAUGGAAAUGGAAAUGGGUUGUUGACCUAAUUUUGGUGGAGCUAAUCAAUUUCAAAGAAGGGGAUUUGAGGCAAGAAUACAGGAAUUGUAGCUACAGAAAUUUGGGGAUUUUCAGAGUGCAAAGGCAUGAGCGGUGAUUCAAUUGACUUGACUUAGCGCCUGCAGAAUGAGUUCGAUUGUGAACUGGUGAUGCUCAAGGCAUCUCUUCUCAAUCAAUUUGCUAUUGAUGUAUGGGGUUCUCGAUUUGCUAGUGGUCUUGAUAGCGAAUUAGGUCUGAGUUUUGGGGGUUCAAAGUUAAAUAAUGAUGAGUACUUGUUUAGUGGAUCUGUGGUUUAAAGUAUUGAAGGGUCCUUACUGUGAAUUUUGGUCCGAACAAGAAGAGAUUAACAGCAGCAACGUUCCAGCAGGCGAUGAAGUUGGAUGAAUAGGUUUGAUGUUAAUGGAAUGGAAGCUGGGGGUUUCUCGGUGGUUGAUUACUUGCAGUUUUGUUUCAAUUCGUACAAGGAGGUGCAGACUGUGGCCGGAGUUGGAUGCUAUGGCCUGACUUUGAUAGGGCCUGAAUUAAGAAAGUGGAGGUUGUGAUUGGACUGGGCUUUGGUGGUCGCUGUCACCAAUACAAGAGAAGAACUAGAGUGCUAUUUAAGGCAGGAAUGAGGAGAAGAAAAAGGACGCCGUAAUCAGGGAAGAAUCUAGGUUUUGCUAUUUUGCUUUCUGCAAUUCAUAUGCUUUACUUGUUAUUAUCUAUAUUAUUUUUUAUGGCUUUUAAGAAAACCAUGUCUAGCUAAACUCCUCAUUAGGGUGAAAUAUGAACUUGUAGGUUGAAUUUACUUGUGUUCUCAAACAAUGGUUUCAAAAAUAAAAGCUUAACGUAAUGUUUGUGUUUCUCAAGAUUGGGUUGUUUGUUUAAUGAGUUUUUCAUGUUUUAUGCCAUGUAUAUUUCAUAGUUGAAUUCUUGAACAACAUCCAUAUAGAACCUUGGUGAUAAAUGAUUUAUGAUAAUCCUAUGACUACUUAUGCCUUGUAUGAUUAGUGCUCAGGAUUUCUACCUUCUAGGUUGAGAACAAACGUAUCCUCUUGAUAAUCCUUAUCUACUGUUCUUAAUUGAAAUAUCUUCCGUGUUUCGAUAGCUAGGUUUGCUAUUGUUCAUGAGUUAAAUGAGACCUUUGUGAGAUACAUAAGUGAAACUUUAGCCUAUAACGGAUUCCGUAACCCUAAUAUUUCUACAUCCUUGAUUACAUAUCAUUAUAAAUUUUCUUUAUUUUACUUGACAUCUUAUUUCUUAAUACAACAUCUCUGAAAUAUUGAAUUUUGGUUAGCUCGGUCUUGAUAUUAAUUAGUAGUAGUUUUCGCACUCCUUGAGGGAACAAACCGUGCUUUCUAUUGUGUGCUAUUUUUGACACCGUGCACUUGCGGUAAAACAAAGUCGGUCUACCGAUCCAUCAAGUUUUUGGCGCCGCUGCUGGGGAGUGGUUGCAUAAUACUCUCUAAUUGAUAUCUUUUUGUAUAUAGCUUAUUUUUAUAUUAUUUUUGUACAUAAUUUUUUUUUUACGUAGCUUGUUUGAUUAUCUUUAGGUAUCUUAGCUUGAAGAGCGCAGCUGGAAUCUCUCGAAAAUAGGCAGAAAAAUAAGUAUUUCGCUGAGAUUUUGCAAGGUGAGUUUGAACUGAAUUCUGCAUUUUGUUAGCUUUCACAAGAUCUACCUAUUUGUUGGGUAGAGAAUUGUUUAAAUAGUCUUGUUAGAGUUAACUCUUUAUACAUGACGGGAACGAAUGGUGAGGGUACGAACCCUCCGAUUAGAAGUUUGAGAGACUAUAUGUAUCCAACUAGAGUCUCUCAACUUUCUUGUAUUGUUUUGCCUACCACCACAGCAAUCUAUGAGAUUAGAGCAAGCACCAUUCAAGCACUUCCUAAAUUUUAUGGCGAGGAGAAUGAAAAUCCUUACUACCACAUUAGAGAUUUUGAAGAAUUCUGUGGAACAAUGAAAUUCAAAGACUUAGCUGAUGAGUAUCUUAAACUUAGGUUGUUCCCUUUUUCCUUAAAGGAUAAGGCUAAAUCUUGGCUAAAUGCGUUAGCUCCUUCAUUAAUUAGUACCUGGAAUGACAUGACUAAUAUAUUCUUGCAUAAACUCUUUCCUAGGCAUAAAACUACUGCCAUUCGUCAAAAACUAUAUAGUUUUUCGCAACAAGAAGGAGAAUCUCUUUAUGACUAUUUAGAGAGGUUCCAUGAUCUCUUGUUACAAUGUCCACACCAUGGGUUUGACACUCCUAGGAUCACGUUGAUCCUUUAUGAGGGAUUAGAUUACAAAACAUUGACUACGGUAGAAUCACUUUGUGGUGGUAAUUUUCCCGAUAAAAGUGCUGAAGAAGGUUAUAAAUUUUUGCAUGAAGUAGCUGAAAAAAACCAAGAGUGGGAGGCUACAGAAACCAUAAGAUCAGUAACCAGUAGCAAUGGGGUUCACAGAGUUGACAAUGACUUCGAGGCCAAGUUCGCUGGUUUGACACGAAGACUUGAGUCGUUAGAAAGAAAGGCUAAAAUUAAGCCUGUUGAUUUUAUUACACAUCCAUCUUCUAUUCCUAGCGAUUUUUCUGACCAAAGUAUCCCUAGUUUGGAAGAAAGCAUGAGCUUGUUUGUGCAGGCUACUCAAAGAUCUAUGGCGAACUUAGAGCAUCAACUAGACCAGCUUGCUAGCCAACUGAAUGAGCGGGAGAAGGAUCAGAUCUCGCGUCAAAUACAGCCCAACUCCAAGGGUCCUUUUGAGGUAAGCACAUCUGGUUCUAAGCCGACUCAUCAUGUCCAGGCCUACUCUACUCUAAGAAGUGGACGGAUCGUUGAUAACCAUGUUAGUGAUCCUGAGGAGAACAAGCAAGUUAGGAACCCGCCUGCCAUUAAACAGGUAACUCCUUCAACACCAAAGGAAACGAAUGAAACCGAGAAAGGUAAAUCUGAAAUUUCUUAUGUUCCUCGCGCUCAUUUUCUUCAAGCAUUACUACCCCGUAAGAAAGGAGUUAGCUCCAGUGACAUCUUAGAAGUGUUUAAACAGGUUAAAGUUAACAUUCCUCUCUUAGAUUACAUUAAACAAAUUCCUUCUUAUGCCAAGUUUCUAAAAGAUAUGUGCACUGUGAAACGAAAAUUGAAUGCACAUAAGAAAGCUUUCCUUACUGAACAGGUAAGCUUGAUUAUUACACAGAAAACUCCACCCAAAUUUAAAGAUCCAGGUGGUCCUACGAUUGCUUGCACUAUAGGAGAACAUAGAAUUGAACAUGCAUUGUUAGAUUUAGGGGCCAGUGUGAAUCUCUUGCCAUAUUCUGUGUAUGUGCAGUUAGAACUUGGUAAUUUGAAACCCACUAAUGUUACCCUCCAAUUGGCUGAUAGGUACACUAAAAUUCCUAGGGGAGUGGUAGAGGAUGUUCUUAUACAGGUUCAAGGUUUUAUUUAUCACAUUGAUUUUAUUUUUUUGGAUACUCAACCUGUUUCUAAUCCUAGUGGGAACAUUCCUGUCAUCUUAGGUAGACCUUUCUUGGCUACCUCAAAUGCGGUUAUCAAUUGUCAGAAUGGGAUCAUGGAACUUACUUUUGGAAAUAUGAAAAUAGAGAUAAAUGUGUUUCACCUUUCAAGUUCAUCUUCGAUUUUUGAAACCUGUGAACAUGUAUGCAUGAUUGAUAGUAUGAAUGAUUAUACUUGCUGUUACAAUGAGAAUCUCAAAAACAUUUCUGAAAACUUUGCAGAUCGUGUGGAGUUUAUUGAAACUGAAUUAUCGGAUAAUUGCUUAUCUUAUUUUGCCGAUUCUGACGAUGGUGUCUUAUACGAAACUGCCUCAUUGAAUCAUUCCUUCAUUGAUCCAUAUAGUAGUUCUCAGAAUGCUUGUAUGAAGAUUGAGUAUAUGGAUACUGGUCAGGUAAUUCACAAUGAAAAAAUGGACCAGAAGUUUGUUUGUCUAGAUCUUGAUUCCAACUCCGAUUAUCUCAUGCUUGCUGAAAAUUUUAGUACAUUGCCGCUACUGAUCUCUAGUGAAAGUAAUGUGUCCAGUGGAGUUAUUUCAACAUGGUUAGGGGCAAAUUUAGGGUAUAAGACAAGUGUUGACAUGUCUAAACAUCAUUUGCAUGUUAUGCUUAUAUUUGAGUUGUUUCACAUGACCAGAUGGGCAGGUUGGAAUUAUAGUCCUUUUAAUUGCAGGGUUGAUAUCAAUUUGUUUAUUACUGUGGGCUUUAAUCCUUAUUGUUGUAUGAUCCUCUUUUUAGUGGACUUCCUGUGUUGGGUUGAUCCCCAACUUUUCGGGCUUUACAUAUAUGCUGGCAGGUUGCUGUUAUGCAUCAAUCUUCACUUUGUUUGAGACAACUUGUUGCGCGCAAGCAGGGAACAAAUAUCGUUCGCUUCGUGGGAGUCAACUCAUCAGUUUUGUUCCCUUCACUCUAUCUUCUAUUUUCAUUUGCCUUAGAAUUUCUCACCUUAACUCUACGUUGGAUGACUCAAUUAAAUUGAGGACAAUGUAAAGUUCAAGUAUGGAGGAGUGCUUAAGUAUAUAUAGAUUUUUGGCAGGCAUUUAAUUUCGUUAUGAAUUUUCUUCAAAAAAAAAAAGUAUAUUUAUAAAGAAAAAAGGGAUCAAUUUUGUGAAGAAAAUACCAGCUGUUGAGCGGGUCUUAAAAAAAUUUCUUUUGUAUAACAUGACCAGCUGUUGAGCGGGUCAUUCUGAUUAUCAGUCUCGCUGUUUAGCAGACUUCUUUAAGCCACUGUUUAGUGGUUUCGUCUUGCUGUUUAGCAGACACUUCUCAACCACUGUUUAGUGGUUCGUCUUGAUGUUUAGCAGACAUCUCCCCAUCUCCUAUUUUAUCCAGCUGUUGAGCGGACUUCCCCAUCUCCUAUAUUAUCCAGCUGUUGAGCGGAUACCCCUAUCUCCUAUAUUAUCUAACUGUAGAGCGGAUUUUUGUUUUGUUUUGCUCGGGACUAGCAAAAUAUAAGUGUGGGGGAAUCUGAUAAGCACGAAAGUGCGACACUUUUAUACCCGCAUUUAUACUAGCUAGGUCUCGAUAUUUAUCUAAUAAUAUUAUUUUAAGUCAAUUACAGGAAUUACAAUUAAAAUCUGUUCACCCGAAGAAUAAUUGGCUAAACAAGGAUCUGAAUGGCGUUUCCGAAAACAAAGCCCAGCGCAGCAAAAGAGAUAAGGCCUAUGGUGAUCUGCCUUUCAUGCCCAUGCUGCUCAUGGCUCGAACCACUUGCUUAGCUGCAUCAUUUGACUGCCACGGCUGUAGUUCAGUAGAAGGAAGAAACGUCACUAUACCAAGCAUGUGAGCGGCACGAGUGGGUCUAAGAAGAACAGAAGGCGUGGCUGCUUAUGCACCACAUUUUCUUAUCAUCAUAUUCUCGUCUUUGUCAAAAAAUGAAACAUUCAUUUCUCACCCGAGAAGCAAAGCAGCAGCAAGACAGAUCUGUUAGGUUCUGAAAUGAAAAUGGAAAUGGGUUGUUGAACUAAUUUUGGUGGAGCUAAUCAAUUUCAAAGAAGGGGAUUUGAGGAAAGAAUACAGGAAUUGUAGCUACAAAAAUUUUGGGAUUUUCGGAGUGCAAAGGCAUGAGCGGUGAUUCAAUUGACUUGACUUAGCGCCUGCAGAAUGAGUUCGAUUGUGAACUGGUGAUGCUCAAGGCAUCUCUUCUCAAUCAAUUUACUGUUGAUGUAUGGGGUUCUCGAUUUUCUAGUGGUCUUGAUAGCGAAUUAGGUCUGAGUUUUGGGGGUUCGAAGUUAAAUGAUGAUGAGUACUUGUUUAGUGGAUCUGUGGUUUAAAGUAUUGAAGGUUCCUUACUGUGAAUUUUGGUCCGAACAAGAAGAGAUUAACAGCAGCAACGUUCCAGCAGGCAAUGAAGUUGGCUGAAUAGGUUUGAUGUUAAUGGAAUGGAAGCUGGGGGUUUUCGGUGGUUGAUUACUUGCAGUUUUGUUUCAAUUCGUACAAGGAGGUAAACGUGUAAGCUUCAAUCAAAGAAUGGAGAUGGAUUUUGACCUAAUUUGGUAUUGGCUAAUGGUGAUUUUUUGGGUAUUAUGAAAUGUAAAUGAAGAUGAAGUUUCAAGACUAAAAUUCACUGCAGAAAGGGGUCAACAACAUCAACGAAUUUGAGGGUCUGUAUGCAGUCUCAAGUUGGAGUUAAUCGAAAGUUCUCGGUCUGAAUAAAUGCAGCGUCAAUGGGGUGGUUGCUGAGAUGGUGCUACUAAUAUUUGCACUGGUACAACUAUUACAUAUGGGGUUCAGUUUGUGUGGUUGGAAUUUGAUUGAGAAGGCGAGAUUAAGGUGUUGUGUAUGGCUGACAUUUAUGUUGAGAUGUGCAUUCAGUGGUGGAAGUGAUGGGUUAGUACCAGAUAUAGGCUUGAUUGACGGAACUGUUGACAUGGGCAUGGACUGAGUUGGUUGUUGAGAUGUGCAUUCAGUGGUGGAAGUGAUGGGUUAGUACCAGUUAUAGGCUUGAUUGACGGAACUGUUGACAUGGGCAUGGACUGAGCUGGUUGUUGGUGGUAUAGGUCUUGGCGGUGAACAAGAAAGGAAGGUGCUGCUGCCAUGGUCAUGGCUGUGAACAAGGAGGUGCUGACUGUGGCCGGAGUUGGAUGCUAUGGCCUGACUUUGAAAGGGCCUGAAUUAAGAAAGUGGAGGUUGUGAUUGGACUGGGCUUUGGUGGUCGCUGUCACCAAUACAAGAGAAGAACUAGAGUACUAUUUAAGGCAGGAAUGAGGAGAAGAAAAGGGACGCCGUAAUCAGGGAAGAAACUAGGUUUUUCUAUUUUGCUUUCUGCAAUUCAUAUGCUUUACUUGUUAUUAUAUAUAUUAUUUUUUAUGGCUUUUAAGAAAACCAUGUCUACCUAAACUCCUCAUUAGGGUGAAAGAUGAACUUGUAGGUUGAAUUUACUUGUGUUCUCAAAUAAUGGUUUCAAAAAUAAAAGCUUAACGUAAUGUUUGUGUUUCUCAA